AUGAAGAACCGGGUACCUCCCCCUCGGCUAAGCCAAUGGCCGCCGCGGGCUCCUGUCACGUGGCGGGCCUCUUACUCGCGCGAGGAGCGCCGGGGCCCAAGAGUGCGCCCCGGGAUGGAGAGGGAAGCGGAGCGGCAACUGUCACCGCCCCUACCGCCUCCUCGGUUCCAGCCUCCGACCCGGCAGAAGUCACUGGCAGAGCUGCCGCUGACGAGCUUCGAGGAGGAGCACUACGACUGCUACGAAUACUACAACCUGCGGGAGUACCCGAUCCGCGGGCCCGGCUGGAGCAAGGGCCGCACCCGGCGGGAGCGGGAGCUCCGCACCAACCGGCCGGUGCCCGCGGGCCAUGAGCGGAAGAUCGCCCAGAAGCUGUACAACAGCCAGCGGAAGCGGCGCCAGCGCCAGCUGCAGACCCGGCCCCGCACGCGGCUCUGUUGAGGGGGACGGCCUCCCGCUCCCGUCGCCCUCCGCCCCUAGCCACGGCUGCACAAAGGACAUGUUAGAGUCUUUUCUCUGACUCCAGCUGUAACUGUGGCCAUAAAAGGGAGAGAGAGACCAUGUUGGUCACCAGGGCUUUCUUCUUGACGCCUCAGUGCCUUUUUCCCUUUGAGCUGUUCCUUCAGUAAGAUCUGUGUUCAGUCCCUUUGGGUGUGUCUUCUCUUUAGGAUUCCUCAUUAAAGAAGAGCAGCAAGAAUGGCUUUUCAA